GGAGAUGGGUCAAUGAUCAAAUUCCAACUUCCUUUAGGAGCUAUGCUACUGCAAAAUCAGAAAAUGUUUUACCAGUGAGGAAGAAAAAGCGGCUGGAUGAAAUAUGUCUUGAAAAAUAUCAGCAAUAUAGUAGAUCUGUCAUCCAGUCAUGGAUUUUGCAAGGCAAAGUAUAUGUGAAUGGGAAGGUAUAAAUAAAGCUGGUACCCCUGUGUCUGAAAAAUCUGUGGUGGAGAUAUUGGCUGAAGUUCCCAAAUAUGUAUGUAGAGCUGGACAUAAAUUGGAAGCUGCCAUUGAACAACUUGGUGUUGAUGUUGCUGGUAAAGUAGCCCUUGAUUCUGGGCUGUCAACUGGAGGAUUUACUGACUGCUUACUUCAGUAUGGUGCAUCACAUGUUUAUGGAGUUGACGUAGGUUAUGGACAGGUAGCUGAAAAAAUUCGAAGAGAUGAACGUGUAUCUGUGAUAGAGCGAACAAAUUUAAGAUAUCUUGCAGGACUCCCGCAAAACGUUGAUUUGGUGACUUUAGACCUCGCAUUCAUCUCGAUUCUUCUGGUAAUGCCUGCUGUGGUCAAUGUCAUGAAGGAAGAUGCAGCAUUAGUGACUUUGGUUAAACCACAGUUUGAAGCUCGUAGAUCUCAAGUAGGAAGAGGGGGGAUAGUGAAAGAUCCCGUUGUCCAUCAAGAGGUUCUUGAGAAGAUUAUCAAGGGUGUGGAGAAUUUAGGUUUCUGCAGUAAAGGUUGGAUUGAGUCUCCUCUCAAAGGUGCUGAGGGUAAUACAGAAUUCCUUGUUCACUUUAACAGAACACAUAAUGAAGGUUCCUGAAAUCAUGAAGAAAUUAGACAAUUUAUACAUGAUGCAUUUCUUCAACGUUCAUAGAAGAUUGCCAGUUUGGAAGAUGUAACAUGCGAGAAAGCAUUAUUCUUGUAUUGUGAUGAGUUGUUGAUGCCGUUGAAAUUUUGAGUAAUAUAAACAUGUAUUUGUUGCGAAAUUUUGUAUGAAACCAUUAAAAGAAAGGGAUGAUGAACAGUGAAGAAUGUGAUGAGUAAUAUAAACAUGAUAUUUUGAGCCUUGAAAUGUAAUUGCCAA